GCACCUCCCUCCGGCUUCCCGAACCCUGCCCCGUCCGACCGGAGAGGGAGGAUGGAAACACCAGCCGCGCUCUGAGCCCCUCCAGAAGAUAACACUUUUCCCGCCACAUCGGCUCGCGGUCCACGAGUCCAUCUCCCAGAGCGGGGCCGAGCGGAAAAACGAGCAAUGGCGGAUAACCUGAGGAAACUGGUCUCCAACGAAUCUUUAAGAUCGAUGCAGAACCAGCUAGAGUCCUGGCUGAGGCAGUACAACAAGAACUCAUGUGAUCAAAAUCUAAAUCAUUGCCUCGAACUCAUUGAACAAGUCGCCAAAGUGCAGGGACAACUCUUUGGGAUCUUCACUACAGCAGCCCAAGAAGGAGGACGUUAUGAUGGUGUGGAAACAAUCAAAUCGCGCCUUUUGCCUUGGCUGGAGGCCUCCUUUACUGCCGCUUCCCUAGGAAAACCUGUCGACAGCAGGGUCCCCUCUCUACAGGACACGUUUGAUAAGGACGGACGUAAAGAGUUUGGCGCUCGGGAUCGGGACAUACAACAAUUAGAUGCUGAUUUGAAUGCAACUCGUAAUCAACUCAACCAGGUUCAAGACGAGCUUACAUCUCUUCAAGCCCAGGAGGAAUCUCGCCACAGACACUCAGAGCAUAGGAGCUCAGAGAAGCGGGGCUCCGAGCGUAGGAGAGAGGAGCUGCGGGGCUCGGAGCCCCAGGGCUCGGAGCAGAUGGGCGCGGACAGGUGGAGCGUAGACCAGCGGAAGGCAGAAGCGAUAUGCGAUUAUGAGAAACAGCUCCGAACGCUGAAGGACGAGAUAGCUGUUCUGUCUGCUGAAAAAUCUGUACUCCAAGGAAGGUCCGCCAGAAUCCGGUCUCCGAGCCCUGACCCUCGCAGCCGCGGCCGCAGCCGCAGUCACAGCCGCAGCCGCAGACGGUCCACCAGCCCCUCCACCGCGGUCGCGAAGGUCAGGAGCCCGUCUCCGAGUCGCGCCAAACUGUCCAGCGUGGCGCGCAAGGCCGCCCUGCUGUCCCGGUUCAGCGACGUCUAUUCCCAGACCCGCCUGGAUGCGCAGUGCCUGCUGCGGCGCUGCAUCCACAACGCCGAGACGGUGCAGCGGAUCAUCUACAUCGCGGCAGUGGAGGCGUUCCAUGUAGCUAAAACGGCAUUCAGACACUUUAAGAUCCGUGUGAGGAAAUCGCUGACAUCGUCUUAUGCAGGGUCAAAUGACUUUGAGGAUGCUGUCUUGGAUUAUAUCGUUUGUCAUCUUGAUCUAUAUGAUUCCCAAAGCAGUGUUAAUGAUGUGAUCCGAGCCAUGAAUGUCAAUCCCAAGAUUUCAUUCCCUCCUGAAGUUGAUUUUCGCCUCGUCAGUAACUUCAUCCAGGAGAUAUGUUGCAUUGCGUUUGCAAUGCAGACUUUAGACCCACCCCUCGACAUUGCAGUUGGGGCCGAUGGAGAAGUUUUUAAUGAUUGCAAGUACCGUCGAAGCUAUGACUCCGAUUUCACGGCUCCCUUGGUCUUCUAUCACGUGUGGCCUGCUCUCAUGGAGAAUGACUGUGUCAUUAUGAAGGGAGAAGCUGUCACCAGGAGAGGGGCUUUUUGGAAUUCAGUGCGAUCUCUAAGUCGAUGUCGAAGCAGGAGUUUAAGUCCCAUCUGCCCUCGUAGCCGUGUUAGUUUAAGCACGAUAUCUCGAAGCCGGAGUCCUUCUCCAAUAAGGUGUGGAUUGCCAAGGUUUUAAAACCACCAGCCAUGUUCCUCUGCCCCGGACGUCUGCAACGGCCAACUUACCCAGUGCCUCCACCUGCCUGCUGUCUGCCUCAGACCUCACUAAAAUAAUGUGAAAAGGCAAUUCUGUGUAUCACUUCACACAGAGAGUUAAAUGUUUUGGCUUAGCGCAUUUGUACAGAUAUAUAGCAUUUUAUUUUAUUUUAUAGAUACAGA